AGACUGUUGCUGCCCUCGUCAUGGUGCUAUGGAAUUCCAAUAACCAGAAUAUAUUUUUCCAAGAUCUGCUUUAUUGCAGCAAUAAAACUUGCUUUCUUCUUGAAUAAAAAGCCUAUUCCCAAGAUUAGUAUUGAAUCUCAGACCCAUAAUCGGUGGCUGAAAUGGGGUGCAAUUCAGCAGAAGGGGAAGGAAGCCAGCAUGUCAUAAAGAUCUGGGAAGUGAACAAGGAUCGCCUCAAGUGGAUGCACCAGAAAAUAUCCAACCCACCAACAUUACUCACCAAAUCAGCUGCCAAGAGCUCUUGUUGCAUCUUUAGGGUACCCCAGAGUUUCAUAGAGAUUAAUGGUAAGUCCUACCAACCUCAUAUAGUCUCAAUAGGCCCUUACCACCAUGGGAAGCCUCCCUUCAGAAUGAUUGAGGAGCACAAGUGGAGAUACUUGGGCUCUUUGCUUUCUAGGAUUGAAAUUAAAGGCCUACACUUAGAGGACCUUUUAAAGGCAGUAGAGGCACUAGAAAUGGCAGCUAGAGAGUGCUACUCUGAAACUAUCCAGUUUGACACGGAUGAAUUUGUGGAAAUGAUGGUUGUUGAUGGUUGUUUCAUUGUCGAAUUGUUUCGAAAAGUUGGAGAUGUGGUGCAAGUUGAACCUGAUGAUCCUAUCUUCACAAUGCAAUGGAUCACAACUUUUUUCUACAGGGAUUUUCUUAGACUUGAGAAUCAAAUCCCAUUCUUUAUUCUUGAAUGUUUAUUUGACUUGUCGAGAAUGCCUGGAGAGGAAUCAGGCCCUUCCUUGUCCACCCUUGCUUUAAAUUUCUUCAACCAUGCUCUUCAAAGGCCAGAGGGUGCCAUUGCCAGGCAUGGAAAUCUAAAUGGUAGGCAUCUUCUUGAUUUAGUUCGAUCAAGUUAUAUAGAUUUCGGCCAAACCCAACCACCAAAAUGUGAUCACACACCAAGCCAUAUAAUUCAUUGUGUAUCCAAGCUUCGCCACUCCGGAAUUAAGCUGACUCAAGGGAAGGAAGAUAGUUUCUUGGUGGUGAAGUUCAGGCGUGGAAUUAUAGAAAUGCCCACAAUAACCAUUGAUGACGCGAUGAGUUCUUUCUUGCUUAAUUGCGUAGCUUAUGAGCAAUGCCACAAUGGGAGCUCCAAGCACUUCACAACUUAUGCAACAUUAUUAGACUGCCUAGUGAACACUUACAAAGAUGUUGAGUAUUUAUGUGAUAAUAAUAUCAUUGAGAAUUACUUUGGAACCGAUGCAGAAGUUGCAAGAUUCAUCAAUAAUCUGGGUAAGGAAGUUCCAUUUGAUAUUGAUAUGAGCUAUUUGGUUGAGUUGUUUAGAGAUGUUCAUCAGUAUUACAAGAACAGUUGGCAUGUUCAAUGGGCAGGCUUCAAGCAUACUUAUUUUGAUACUCCUUGGUCAUUUAUAUCUGCACUGGCUGCUCUGAUUCUCCUGAUUCUUACUGUGGCACAGACCUUUUACACCAUUUAUGGUACUUACAGAAAUUAGUCCCGUUGAUAUUCAUAUACCUACUGUUUGAUGUAUAGACAGUAACUGUAGUGCGGGAUUAGGGGAAUAGAGACUUGAACCUUAGUAUGUGAGGUGAGCAAUAUGAGCCGAGCAACCUCUAAUUAUCAAAUACAUGUUGUUGUUUACUGAGUUGUCUGAUUCUGAUCCAAUUGUAUCUUUCUAUAAUUAUGCAAGCUUCAUCAGUUUGUUUGUUA